AUGGAGAGGGAGGAGAGUAAUAAUAAUAAUAAGCAGCAUUUCAGCCACAAGCACAUCUUGACACGCCUCCAGCUCGACGAAGUCGAAGAAAUCACAUGCAAUGCGUGCGAAUGUGACGUGGAAGAGGAGCAAUUUUACGGGUGCACAGACUGCAAAUACUUCCUCCACGAGGAAUGCGCGGAAGCUCCUCGGUCCAUUGAGCACCGAUCCCAUCCCUCUCAUCCCCUUACCCUACACGCAGCUGCAACCUAUUCGAACCAAAGCUUCAUCUGCGAUGCCUGUGGAUACGUAGGGCCGUACACCCUUUCCCGUUCUUGCGAUGCAUGUGGUGACCUUAUAAACGCGUUUGCAUAUCAGUGCGACGAAUGCGACUACAAGAUCCACGUGGCAUGUGCUUUACUGCCUGAAACUGUACAGUGCAAAGGCCACGUGCAUAGUCUAUAA